AUGUACACCAAGAUGGCUGUCAUGCUCGCUAUCGCCGCCCUUGUUCUCGCGCUCUCUCGUGGCACAUCUCUCCAUAUCAACGCUCUCAACCCGACUCAUCUGACCGAGUGCGAGGUUCGCGAUGAUCUGGUGUGUCAUCUCGCCGAUUCGAAUCUCUACCGCAGAUCGGGUGUUCAAGAACUCGACUAUGCUGGCAUGGCGAUCCAGUGCAGACUGGGAGACCCCUCAGACGACCAUUCUCUUCUGUGCGGUCCAUCGACAAUCGAGAUCAAUAUACAAGAGAAGAUGACGUUUAUCAGGCUCGCUACUGUGCUUGCCCUUGGUCUCGUGACCCUCGUCGCUGGCCAGAAUCCGGGCCUUACGAUCGGUAUGCACGCAGACUGGUUGGGGCCAUACGCUGACGGGGAAGCAGUCUCCGACGGCAAGUCUCUUUACCUCGAUCCUUUCAACCCCGUGCAUCUCACGCAAUGUGAGAUCCGCAACGACCUCGUUUGUCGUGAGAGCAAGAGCGAUGACGCAACGAUCCUCUUCCGCAAAUCCGGCGGCAAGUACCUCGAUAUCACGGGCAUGUACGUACAUUGUGUCGUUCUCGACGGCUCGGAAUCAAAUACUUGCAUCUUCCGCCAUCGAAGCUCGGCCACCUACGUGACAUUCGAAGCAGAAGCAGACACGCUAUAUACAAUGUUCGCCUUCUAUCUCUUCGCCACCCUCGUCGCAUCACUUGUUGCCGCGCAAGAUCCUACUGCCACCGCUCCCGGAAUAGCCAUGCAAUCCGUCUCGCCAUCUCAGCUACUCCAAGGUGUUGCUGAUGUCGUCUCGCUUUUCCCUGCGCUCAAUGCCGCCGGCACUGGUACGGCAGUACAGCAGGUCGUCACCGUCACUGCUACGCCGACGGCCGCAUCCGCUCCCUUCGCCAACAUUCUCGGUUCUUUCAAGCCGGGUUCGAUUGGCCUUGGUGCGCUUGGGACAAUCGUGCCCGCUUCAUCAGCAGCGCCUUCCGUAUUGACCGUAACUGCCGCUGCACCCACUGCUGCCGCUGCUCUGCCCUCGACACUCAUGCAGUCUGCGCCUGUAUCCGGCUCGGCCACACAGCCUGACACAGCAGCAGCAGCCCAGCCUGUUGCCGCUGAGCCUGCUGUUGCCACCACGCCUGUUGCUGCCGCUACACCUGCAGGAGCCGAACCUGUCGCGGCCGCUGCCUCGCCUGUUGCGUCGCUUGCUUAA